AAAAUGAAAUUUCAAGUGUGUUGGCUACUAUUUCUCUCAGUCGUGGGAAUUCUCUCAACAUAUGCUCGCCCCAUGAAAGACUCGCCGAUUAGUACCAUCGUAAUACCCUAUGAACCAUAUACCAGCCAAAAGAUCACCAAUCAUCGAGGAGAAUUGAAAAAUGUUUUCGUACCACUAGAAAUGGAGAUAGUGCCGAAAGCAAAUAUCGCCAAGGGACAACUGUCAAUGGCUAGGAAAGGAUCGGCAUUGAAUUUUGCCGAAGGUGCCUACCCCGUCUACUAUAUGCCCAGUAAUGUUAAUGGGAAAUUUAAUGGUAAAAUAUCGCUGCUGGUCCAGUGAGGGAGAGUGAAACUGAAAACUAACCUAGGGGAAUAAUU